UGGAUUCUGAUUUCUAUAUUGUCUCUUCUUUCCUUCAAAUACCCAACAAUCUCUACCCUCCAACUCCCGACUCUCCACCUUCAUUUUUCUUCUAUCUCUCUCUCUCCAAACUUUCCCCGAAAAUCUUCAAAUUUUCUCUCCCCACAAUCCCCCUUUCAAUUUCCCGAGAAAAUUUCUAAUGGGUAAGACCGGAUUGUUUGACCUCGAGAAGCACUUCGCCUUCUACGGGGCUUAUCACAAAAACCCGGUGAAUGUCUUGAUUCACAUGUUGUUUGUGUGGCCAAUCUUCUUCACUUCCCUUAUGCUCUUCUACUUCACACCUCGCUUCUUUGAUUGCCCAUUUCAGUGCAGACUCGGAUUGGUUCCCAAUUUUGGGCUUUUGUUCACUUUGAUAUAUGCUGUGUUCUAUGUGUGUUUGGAUCGGAAAGGUGGUUCUUUGGCUGCUAUUCUCUGUUUGGCUUGUUGGGUCUCUGCUAGUCUUCUUGCAAAGCACCUUGAAUUCUCUCUCGCAUGGAAGGUUGUUCUGGCGGCUCAGUUGUUCUGUUGGACAGGACAGUUCAUAGGCCAUGGCGUUUUUGAGAAACGAGCACCAGCUCUGCUGGACAACCUUGCUCAAGCCUUCCUGAUGGCUCCUUAUUUUGUAUUCCUCGAAGCUCUGUCGCACUUCGGCUAUGAACCAUAUCCUGGAUUUCAUGCAAGUGUGAAAGCAAAGGUAGAUGCUGAAAUUGCGGAAUGGAAGGAGAAUAAAGCGAAGAAAAUCUCCUAGUUCGAUCUGGUUGUUGUUUAAGUGAUCUUUAGUUUCUGUUAAGCUUUGUAACGAAUUGAGAAAAGAAAUCAGCUUGUCUCUUGUCAGACUGUUUACACAUUUGACAAUUUGCGGUUGAAUGUUGUUCUGACUUUUUCACCAGUGCUCAUAAAUCCAUAUUUGCUUGAGAAACUUGGCAUUUUUUAGUGUA